AUGGCACAUGCAAAUAAUUCCUUUGAUCACUCGACAAUGUCGAUUGAUUAUAAUCUGUUAGGUAGUCGCAUUACUACAAUAACUUAUCUUAUCAUUUAUAUCUUGGGUUUUAUUGGCAAUACUUUUGCAUUAAUAACCUUCUCCAGUCGACGUAUGCGACAAAUUUCAAGUAGUAUCUUUCUACUUGUUCUUUCAAUAAGUGAUAUUCUCGCACUUGUUACAUCGAUAUGGUUUUUCUUGGCCGAUGCCUUUGCAAUUCAACUACAAAAUUACUCAGCACUUGCCUGUCGUUUUCGUACAUUUUUCGCGUAUGUUUUCAUGGAUUUGUCCUCGUGGUGUAUCGCAGGCCUGGCAAUCGAUCGUUACUUACGAACGAAACUACCACUAGGUUCGAGAACUUUGUGUACGCCGCGAAAUGCUUCGCUCAUGAUUCUGACAUUCUUAUUCUUGCUAUGUCUCAUCAAUGGACAUUACUUUUCGCCCGGUAUUGGUCAAGAGCGCGGAGAAAAUCGUACAACGGCGCAUUGCUUAGAAAAUCGUAAUUCAUACCCGAGAUAUUAUUAUUUUUUGAAAAUAAUCUGGCCUAAGAUAGAUAUGCUUGUUUUCUGUUUUCUCCCCGCAUUUGUCAUGAUACUAUGUAAUGCAAAAAUCAUCUGUCUUCUCAAACAACAACGACGUCAUUUAGAAAAUAAGAAUAGUACUCGUAGGCAAGACGCGCCGAAACCCUGCGUUAGUAUUCAUCAGACACUGAGCGGUGUUGCACUGAUGAGAAAUUCAACUGCUAUCAAUCGGAAAGCUCUCGAACGACAAAUGUCAUUGAUGAUGGCAGCGCGCGUUAUCGUUUUUCUAUGUACAACUGUACCUGUUACGAUCUAUCUUCUUAUUCUUGAACGAGUCAUCAUGAAAAUACCGAACUUUGCACGAGAUAAUCCUUUUUGGACGUUCCUAUUUCGUAUCCUUCGAUCUCUUAUAAUUUAUUCAAGCAAUCACUUGCCGAAGACUUGGUCUGUCAUCCAAUCCAGAGCACUCAACAAGCUUUAUGUUGAACAAAAUCGACGAUGUGUAAAAGUGCAAUGA